GAGAAGUCAGAGCUGUUCACCGAUACCAAGUUGUUUAGUCUUCAUCUGUCUGUGGAUUCUCCUCCAGUUGCACCUGUAAAGUUCCCUUCUUACCUUUAAGUCGACUUGAGGAAGUGAGUGUCUGAUGCGGACAGAGCUGCGACAACACGAGCAGAUAAGGUGUGAUCAUGGCCUCUGAAGUUACACCGAGAGUCGAUCUGAAUGAGGCGGAAGAACUGUCCCUCUCCCUGAGCGAAGCCCUCAGCAGUGGGGACGAACAGGAAGCUGUCCAACUUUGUCAGCGACUGUCCAAACUCUCUGUCCCAGUGUCCGUCCGCGUCAACAGUCAGGCCUACCCUCAGGAAUCCAUAAGGUUGCGGGUUGGAGUGGAGGAUGCUCAGUCAGAUGCCGGCAUCCCAGUGACUGUUUCGGCUUCUCCCGACAUGACAAUUGCACAACUUAAAGACAAGAUAAGCCAUGACUUUGGUUUCGCCCCCCCUCUGCAGCGCUGGGUGAUCGGGAAGCGGUUGGCUAAAGACGGUGAGACGUUGUACAGCCACGGUGUCCGUUCAGACGGAGACCAGGCCUUCCUGUUCAUCCUCUCUGCCCAUGCUGCUCGUUUCACACUGCACCAACACAAGCAGGACCAGGAUCAGCAACGCCUAGAUGGCAUCAUGGAGUCGAUGCAACUUCUUCCCAGAGGGCUGGGCAGAGGUGGUGGUGGCGUGAAGACAGCUGCUCCUCCCAAGCGUCCAUACAUUCCUCCUCCUCCUCCUCCUAAACCUGCGGUGCCUCCUAAACCUCAGGUGGGCUGGGCCUGCCCUAAGUGUACGUUCUUCAACAAACCGACGCGUCCUGGCUGUGAGAUGUGUGGAGAAGAUCGGCCAGAGGACUACCAGGUGCCCGACAUCUACCAGCCGGACCAGCAGGAGGUUCUUCGAAUUCAGCAGGAAGGGCUGGCCAUGUUGCAGUACGAACAGGCUCAGCAGGAGGAACGAGACAGGAAUUUCCUGAAUUUGUUGGCAACGGAAGACCAGAACCUUAUCCCCAACGCCACCGAGGCCGACUGUCCUAUCUGCUUCUCUCACCUAGAGGAAGAGGAGGGCGUCGUGCUCAGAGAGUGUCUACACACCUUCUGCAGGGAUUGUCUAAAAGCGACAAUAGUGAACAGUCAUGAUGCUGAGGUGCCCUGUCCUGAGAAUUGUGAAAGCAAGCUGCUGGACCGAGAGAUCCAAGCGCUGCUCACAGAAGAGGAGCACCAGCGCUUUCUGGAGUUGCGUCUGAGCAUCGCAGAAAGCCGCUCAGAGCACAGCUUCCACUGUCAGACGCCCAACUGUCGAGGGUGGUGCAUCUACGAGGACGAAGUCAACGAGUUCAACUGUGAACUCUGCAAAGAAACCAACUGCAUUCUCUGCAGGGCCAUCCAUCCAGGCAUGAAUUGCAAAGACUACCAGGAUGACCUGCGCAUCCGAGCAGAGAACGACCAGGCGGCUCAGCAAACUAAGCAGAUGCUGGAGAGCAUGCUACAGAACGGGGAGGCCAUGAAAUGUCCACGGUGUGACAUCGUCGUCCAGAAGAAAGAUGGCUGUGAUUGGAUCUGCUGUUUGAUGUGCAAGACAGAAAUCUGCUGGGUCACCAAACAAGCUCGCUGGGGACCAAAUGGCAACGGCGACACAUCUGGGGGCUGUAAAUGCCGAGUCAAUAAUCAGCCUUGCCAUCCCAACUGCCAAAAUUGCCACUGAGGGAAGCACACUAAUGAAAACGCAGAAGAAACGCAGAUUUCACCCGAUGCUACGGCUGAUAACUUAAUGCUGGCUGCAUGAAUGUGUUCAAGACUGUGUAAAGGCGUUGUCUUGUCAUUCAGGGAUAACUUUCUUUAUUGUGCGGUAUAAAUAUGCAAUGCAAAUGCUACAUACAAGCAAUACAAACUUAAAGCUAUAUCUUCUACAUCUCCAUCGCUAAGGUUUCUGUCAGUGUGAGAUUACUGGGAUCUUCUGAUAAAAUAAUACUUAUACUGUUGUAUAAAUGAAUGCUUAAUAUACAUGUUGACUUCUAGCUUCUGCUUUUAUCACAAAAAGUUUGAUGAGCCAGCAAUCAUGUUGCUACCAGUUUAAUUCUAAACUUUGAUUGGAUUAAAGUGACAACUUUGUUUUAUGCUUUUUAGACAAAAAUGCAAAACAAAAAAGCCUAAUACUCAAAUUCAGUAUAUAAAAAUGUCCCCAAACAGCUACAAAUCCAUCAACAAAUAAUGAAUGUUAUUUUGUCCUGUGUUAAGUAUGGUUACAACUAAUUAACUACAACUAACAAUAAUGUUCAUUCAUGAAUAAUUUGAUUAUUUUUUGCAACUCAUCAUUCAGUCAACACCAGAUCUACAGAAGAGUGUUAAGAUUGCUGGAUACAAAAAUAAUACCUUCUAAAGUAUAUCGGUGAAAGUUAUUUUUGGUGUAUAUUUUGGUGUAUAUUUGCUGUUUUUACUUGAAAAGUGACUAAAAUAUGAAUUUGUUAUCAUGUACUUUGUCGACUAAUCAGACUUUGGUGAAGGAUGUUGUUUACAUUGAAUGAAUGUGUUCAUGUUGCAAAACAAGCUGCUCUGACGCACUUGAUAUAACUUUUAAUUACAUUUGUUACAUACACAGAGGUAUAUACAUAUAUAUAUAUAUUUGACCUGUGCAUUUAACCCAUCCUAAGUAUUUAGGAGCAGUAGGCUGCAGUAAAGCGCCCGGGGAGCAAGCUUCGGGUUCAGUGUCUCGCUCAAGGACACUUAGACACACAGACAAUAGGGGCCAGGGAUCAAACUGCCAACCUUGUGGUUAAAUCAAUACCCGCUCUACCGAAUGAGCUACAACAGCCGUUGACAUUGAAGUAUCAGUUUGGACAAAAUAAUGAUGCUGUAAUUUUAUCAGGUAUUCAGGACUUCUGCUGGAGUACUUACGUGUUGUUUAUGUCUUGUAUCCAUGAAGUUUUUCUGGCUUCACUUUCAUGUUUUUUGAAGGUGACAGGCCUCAACUCUAAUAAACCAGAACC